AGCGCGCUGUGGCUCAAGCUGAGGACAGCUCUUGGUCCCUUGAGCUGAGCUGUUUGAGCCCUUGCGCACCAGUCAAUGAAUGUAGUGCCCUUUGGCCUUGCCUUGUGCAUCCUUGCAGUCGCGGACGGCUUUUACCUGCGACAUGACUCCGGUGCUCGAACCGAGCUGUAUCCACAACAGUUGACAACUUUGCUGGCAGCAACUCGCGCUUCUGUGAGACAUAGGAGGCAGGCCAACAUCAUGGAGCUCUCUUCUUCGUCAACUACGCCAUUUCUGAAGAGCAUUGAAAGCACAUUGCUCGCGAUGGCCAAGAAUGCCUCACAGGCGUCGCAGGACUUCAUGAGCAGGGUCCAGGCAGAUGUCAUGGGCACCAUCACUGAGGAGUUGAAGCCCCAAAUUCUCGCAGAGCAUGGUCUCAUCCAAUCGCAGGUGGCGCAGUUCACCGGCUUUUUCGAGAGAUGCGAAAUGCAGCGGGAAGCUGGACUCAACACCUCCACUCAUUGGCAAGAGAGCAUCCCUGGAUUGAUUGUGGAUCACCGAACCUGCCGUAUCCAGGAGGGAACCUUCAUGCUAAAGCUGAAGAUCUGCAGGGAGAAGUUGGAGUCUUUCAAGCAUGUGGAUGCCUCAACGUGUCAGCAAACUGCCCAGCUUCCAGACGCUGCCAGCUGUGCGUCCCUGAAUGGUGAGACGGCGGAGGCAUAUCAUCGUCGCAUGUUGGCUCACUUUGAGACAGGCCUCCAGAACAUAAAGACACAGAAGAUGAUUUGUGCAAACAAUUCUCAGGCGCUCCAACUCCAAGAGGCGGCCUGUACUGGUCAAGAGCAGGAGCUGCAGCAAACCACGUCCAAAUGCGUGACGAAGCAGAACACACUGGACUCUGCUGUAUGCGACUUGGGAGGAUCAAUGAACACAACUUGUGCUGGGUAUAGGGCUUGCAGAUCCCAGGCCAAUGACUCCUACAAGCUUGUGCGUCAUACCGUGAAGUCAAGGGAGACGACUCUUCACGAGGAGUGGAGGGCCCUGCAACGAAUCGAAUGUAUUCUGCAUGCGCUGACAAUGGCUGACAUUGUUUCAGCUGCUCAAGAUUGCGCUAACGCCGUGCACAGCGUCGCGCACCUGCUCGUCAACUACGUCACGGUUCCCUCGUUAUCGGCCUGUGAAAUCUUGGCAGAAGUGCCAGGGACACCGGAAUAUGCGGCAGCUGUUUUCAAAGGAAUGCCAGCAGAUGUGCCGCUUGCUGCUUGCAGUGCCGCGUGUUGCGUGUGAGCCUGGCCCAGCUCGGCUAGCUGAGCACGCCACAAUCUUCGC